CAUACGUCCCCAGAAAAACCAGGGAAAGAUAAACACACAAAUCCCCGUCCUCCGCCCGCCCCUUCCCAAGAUGAAGAAACGCCUCUUCGAUUCCGAGAUGAAGGCCCACCGCUUCAACCUCGACAAGCUCUCCCUCACCGGGGUCCUCGCAGCCAUUGUGGCCACCGGCGGGGUCCUGCUCAUUGCUGCCGCGUUCCUCACGAGGGGAAGCAAGUCAGCUUCUGCGGCCACCACCGCCCUCCUCUGUUCCCUCACGUCGUCCUCUGGCGGCGGGCCCGGGUAUCCGGCCCAGUAUGAUGCCACGCCGAUGCAGCUUAAGGCGAUCCUCCACUAUGCUACGUCACGGGUGGUCCCACAACAGACACUGGCGGAGGUGAGGCUGUCGUUUGACGUGCUGAUGGAGCUGUCGCCUUGCAACUUCCUGGUGUUCGGGCUGGGAUACGACUCGCUCAUGUGGGCGGGGCUGAACCCGCGGGGCACCACAGUGUUCCUCGAGGAGGACCCCAAGUGGCUCCACACUGUGUCCGAGAGGAACCCUAGCCUACGCGCCUUCCAUGUGAACUACAACACGCAGCUCUCUGAGGCUGACGACCUCCUCUCCGUAGCCCGGGACGACCCCGAGUGUGCCCCUGACCGGGUCCGCCUUGGGAGCCGGUCUAGAUGCAGGUUAAUGUUGCCGGGACUACCAGACGAGAUAUACGACAAAGAGUGGGAUGUGAUAAUGAUCGAUGCGCCAAGGGGUUACUUCCCGGAGGCUCCAGGGAGGAUGGGGGCCAUCUUCACAGCAGCGGCGAUGGCAUGGAGGCGGGUGAAGCCCGGGGUGACCCAUGUGUUCCUACACGAUGUGGAUCGGAGGGUGGAGAAGCUGUACGCGAAGGAGUUCCUGUGCAUGAGCAACAAGGUGGAAGGCACGGGCCGGCUCUGGCACUUCAAGAUCUCGCCGUCCUCCAACACGAGCAGAAGCACCUUCUGCUCGUAAACUGAUGCUCGUCCAGCUCCUCAUUUAUUUUUCGAGUUACAUUCACGACAUAUAUAUUUUUAGGAUCUAAUGGUACUUCGGUUUAGAAAAGUGACUGAGAUCACCUCGAGUAGAAUCAAUAACGAGGGAUCUGUUCUUUUGCUAAUGAAAGGGAAAAAAAAA